AUGAGGCUCUCCUCGUUGUUUGGCCCGACGGCGGCUGAAUUCGCGUGUAUCAUACAGCUAUGGCCGAUUAUAACUCUUAUUCGACCGACGCAAGGAGUCAAUUACACGCCUGUUCCAUCUCCAGACCUCGACCUCUCAAAAUUAGGUCACGUCGCUCUCACAGGUGACUUUGACUCAAUCUCGUUAUAUACCUACCAGCAGCAAUCGGAGAAUGCAUUCACGACCAACGGCACGCAAGCGCUCAUCACACAACUACCUAAUGGAGACUUUGCGACUACGGCCGCGGCCGACGGGUAUAUCAAGGCCUUGUGUCCUUUCGUUAUGUCAAGUGGAAAGUUGGCAGGAGUAGUAGUCGGAGGAAAUUUCACCGAGUUGGGUGGCAUACCGGCGCAGGGUGUUGCAAUGUACGACACAACGACUGGGGACAUCACCCCCCUGCCUGGCCUUGAUGGCACGGUCAACGCAAUUCUCUGCGAUCAAGACACAAACACAGUCUACGUUGGCGGCCAGUUCACAGGCGCAAAUUCAACGAACGCGGUCGCUUGGGUUGGGAUGUCUGGAUGGGCGAAUCUGCCUUUUGAAGGCUUCAAUGGACCAGUGAAUUCGAUCAUCAAGGAAUCCAAUGGGAAUGUUAUCUUUGGCGGAUCGUUUACUGGACUUGGGAACUCGACCACAGUUAUGCCUGAACAGCUCGACCAGCAAGUAAUCAACAUCGCCUCUGCUAACAUUUCCUCAUCAUCGAACACGAGCGCACCCGGCUUCAACAACCCAUCAAACAUCAUUUGCAAGACGAAUGGGGAUGAUGGACCUGGUAAUACGUGGCUCCUCGAAGACAACUCGCCUGGGUGGUGGAGAGCGGACAUGAACUUUGGGUACGAGCCGAGCUUGCUAAGGAUAUGGAACACGCACCAGGAUGGCCGAGGGACGCAGACAUUCCGGUUCACAGCCAUACCAAUCAACGGCAUCAUGAAUUUUACCUAUACAGACCCGGACACUGGCGUAGAAGGGCACUGUGAUGCUCUAUGUCCUUUGUCAUCACGGACAUCAGUGCCAUACCAGGACUUCAGAUUCAUCAAUACCGUCGGUAUGAGCGCAUUUCGAAUUGAUGUAUCCGCCUGGUACGGCCAAGGAGGUGGGCUUGAUGGAAUUGAGCUGUUCCAGAAUGAUAUCUUUGCCUAUGCCGUAGACACGUCCAACGAACCGAGCUGCGCGAACAUCCAAUAUGGCUCCAAUGCCACUUCCACUGGUCCAUGGACAGUAACGCCAUCUUUGCAAAGCAACUCGGAAUACCUCACUGCGAAUCUUGUUGGGCCAGGCGUCAGCACAAAUGGUGUCUCGGUAACCUUUGAGCCAGACAUUAGACAGAAAGGCAACUAUUCUGUUACCUUAUUCACUCCAGGCUGUAUGCAAGACAACACUUGCGGUACUCGCGGUAUCGUCAACGUCACUGGAAUUUAUAGUAUAUCGGGCGUAUCGACGCCGACAAACAUCUAUCAAACCAACAACUACGACAAAUAUGACAUAAUAUAUCAAGGUCCGGUUGAUGCGAACAGCGAUAGUUUCCGACCUACAGUCACACUUGCAGCUCUAUCUGGCCAAAAGGACGGCGUCACACUUGUGGCUCAACGAGUCCAGUUCAAUCUCACAGACUCGGCUGGUGGGUUGAAUGGUCUAUACGAAUUCAAUCCCAAUGCCAACACUACUGAAAGUGAUUUUUCGAAUUCUGCCAUUGACAGUGCAGGCAUGGGGUUGAGUGCAGGAGCCAUCAUUACAACCAUCCAAGUGCAGGACAACGUUACGUACGUUGGUGGUAACUUUUCAAACCAGGACGUUGGCUUCGAAAAUAUCUUUUCGAUCGGGAAUGGCAACUCUACAGCUUUGCCAAAUGGCGGCCUCAACGCCGAGGUUUCCAGUAUGAUACCAUACGCCGACCUGCUAUUCAUCGGAGGCAAUUUCACAAAUACCAUGAACGGAAGUGUACCUGGUUUGAGCAAUAUCGCCAUAUUCAAUACCACAAGCCAAACUUGGGAAGCCCUUGGUGCCGGAGUCAGCGGAGCUGUUUACAGUGUAGUCACCCUACAAGUCAACAUUACGACCGAUCAGCCAGAAGUUUGUGUAUCCGUCAACGGAUUCUUCGAUCAGAUACUGCCUACAGGAUCGAGCAAAGCGGUUUCGGUGGCGGGGUUCGCCAUCUGGGUACCUACCCAACAGAACUGGCUGCAGAAUCUGAAUCUCCAGUCUCCUGCGAUUUCUGGUCAGCUAAGUGCGAUGACCAAUGUGACUGGAAGCGCAACUCUUCUCGCAGGGACACUGUCUUCACAAGACAUGUCUGCUGAGGACGCGGUCUCUCUCACAUCAGAUCCUGUCGCCAUCAAUGCUCUCAAAGUGGGCAUUCAGCCCCAACAGAUUGGGCCAGUGACCCGCAAACGAGCUAUCAGCGGACAAAAUACUACCGGUGUGUUGACAGGGCUCUUCUAUAACAAUGGCGGCUUGAACGUGACUGUUCUUGGAGGCGCCUUCACAGCCAUCGCGACCAAUGGUACUACAAUCGACAACCUCGCUCUCCUGAAUAAUACUGGCAGCAACCCUGGCAUUGUCUCCGGUUUACCCAUAGGCUUGGAUUCAGACUCAACCUUUCUCGCUCUCGCUACGACGGGCACUGUCCUGUAUGCUGGUGGAACAGUCUCAGGAACCGUCAAUGAUGCUCCUGUCAACGGACUCAUUGUCUAUGAUAUGGGACUAGCGAACUAUUCAUACCCUCAGCCGCCAGCCUUUGGGGGCAUCGACGUUGCUGUAAAUGCGAUUACUGUAAGACCAAAUAAACCCGAGAUUUACGUUGGUGGCAACUUUGCCACGGCAGGGUCAUUAGGCUGUCCCGCUGUCUGCGUUUUCCGGAACGGGGCUUGGAAUCAGCCAGGCAAUGAGCUUGGUGGGAGUGUCUCCGCAUUUGCUUGGCAAGGAAACAACCAGUUACUUGCUGGUGGAAACCUGACAAUCAACAACAAUGCCACAACUCUAGCUACCUACGACGCUUCCAAGACUGCAUGGACAGCUCUUGAUGCCGCCAGCGACGUUCCAGGACCGGUGACAGCACUUGGACCGGCAAACAAUGAUGCUUCUGAGUUCUGGGUUGCCGGUAAAAGCACUAAUGGAUCUGCCUUUCUUAUGAAGUACGACGGCAGCCAAUUCAGGUCGAUUGGGGACUCUUUAGGAAAGGAAACCACGAUCUUGGGCCUGUCGGUGCUUCAGUUGGGCAAGAACCACGAGAACAGUGACCUCGUCCAAAGUAACCUGGUCCUCCUGGUGACCGGUCAAUUGAAUCUUCCUACCUUUGGCAAUGUUUCUGCCGCACUCUUCAACGGCACCACGUUCUCUCCGUUUAUACUGUCCACUUCUGGCAAUGGUCCAGGAACUCUGUCUAGUUUGUUUUCCGAGAAAGCAAUCAGUUUCAAGAACCCAGGUGGCCACAUGGCUGUUGGCUUCGUUGUACUCAUUGCCCUCGCUUGCGCUCUAGGCGCCAUCUUCCUGCUUGUCGUCGCUGGCAUUCUCAUCGAGCGUUAUAGACGCAAGCAUGAGGGCUACACCCCAGCUCCGACCCACUACUUCGACAAGACCAGCAACAUGGGUCGAAUACCGCCGGAACAUCUUUUCGGCCGCUUGGGCGCGAGUAGAGAACCUCCAUUGCUCUAA